AUGCAAGAUCCCGACGCAUUCGAUCUCGGUGGAUUCGAAUUCAGUGCUUCUUCUCAUAAUGCAAAGGAAGGAGGUUUCACUUCAAAAUUAGCAACUAAAACGGGAACAACUAUUAGCGGUGUGAUCUAUGCAGAUGGUGUAGUCCUUGGGGCAGAUACAAGAUCGACGAAUGGAGAGACUGUGGCUGAUAAGAACUGUGAGAAAAUCCAUUACAUCGCACCAAAUAUUUACUGCUGUGGUGCAGGCACUGCUGCAGACACAGAAGCUGUCACGGGUACAUAUUAUGUCUAUUUUUCCAUCUUUCAACUAAUUCUCAUUCUCAAAGGAAUGGUUUCUUCUGCACUCUUCCUCCAUCGUAAAUCAACACUUAGGGAGAGUCGUGUUGUAUCCGCGCAAAGUAUCUUGAAAAGUCAUCUUUUCAAAUAUCAAGGCCAUGUAGGCGCUGCAUUAGUCCUUGGUGGCUUCGAUAUUCACGGCCCUCAACUUUUCACAGUUUAUCCUCACGGUUCCUCUGACUGUUUGCCGUAUGCUACAAUGGGUAGCGGCUCUUUGGCUGCGAUGUCCAUAUUUGAAAGCGACUAUAAAGAUGGCAUGAGCGAAGAUGAAGCAAAAUUACUUGUUGCCAGGUCUAUACGUGCAGGUAUAUUCAAUGAUUUGGGAUCUGGGUCAAAUAUAGAUCUAUGUGUCUUAAGCAGAGCAGGCACGAAGUAUUUACGGAACUUCGAAAUACCACAGGAACGCACUUACAUUCGUGCGGAGGGAUAUAAGUUCAAAACUGGUACAACUGUUAUAAACAAAAGGAAUUUUCAAACCGCCACUUCCACAACGACGGAACCGAAGAAAAUUCUUUGA